AUGAUGUUCUAUACCCCACAUGUUCCCCAGUAUUGCUCUUCUAAUAAUGCCAGCCCAACAUUGCACAACCCAUCUCCAUUGCCUUUGGGUCCCACUCAGCUUCCAUCACAUGGCUUUGAUUAUUCUCCUGGAUUAUUGGAUUCAGUUGAUGGCUUUGAUCAUCUAGGCAACUCUGCUCUUUCUCAAAGUGGAUAUAUGCAUGGCGGGAACACUCGCAUUAUUGCAUUACAGAAUCAUAUCAACCAGCUCCAACUCAAGCUUAUCCAAGCCAAGUCAGCAUUUUCAACUCUAGAGGCAGCCUUUCAGGAGCUCGCUUGUAGUGUCCAGCUCAUCAAUGCAGAUCCCAUGAAUUUCACACAUGCUAGUAUAUCCCUAACAACAUCUUCAACAAAACAGCUCCCCCCAAUUGAUAAAAAUGAUUAUCCAAAUGUUCUAUUCUGGACACGUGCAGAUUGGGAUAAAUGGCAGAUGACAUCACAAGGGCUCAAACAGAAGGGAAAGCGUGGACCUGCAGCUUUCCUAGAAGAUGAGAAUGGUGAGCCGAUUACAGAAGAAUUACUUGACAUUAUGCACAAAACCAUUUGUGGCCUCUGGUUCAAGUUUGCCAUCAAAGGACUCCUUGCAACCACCUGGAGCAAGAUAAUACACUUGACUAGAACACUAUUCCACAGCAUAAUGGAAGAGAGGCACCCUCUUUUUAGAUUAGCAAUGGACGGCUGGAAGUUGGACUUAUUGUGCAGUGUUGCCUAUCCUUUGUGGCACAAGAACCAUCUCGAUGCUGAUGGUAAUCUCCUGAAGCAGUCAAAGAAAGUCAAACAAGAAGACAAUGAUAUUGGCCACCAUGGCAGCAUGAGCACUUCAAAGCACAUGAAAAAUGACUCCAUGGACCCUUUUAUGACAGUUGAAGACACACCCCAUCUCAUUGUCAAAGGCAAAUCUAUGAACCCUCUCGCUGUUGAAUCCCACUUGGAUGGCACUCUUGACCCCCAGCCAAUGCUGCUUGAAGACAGCCCUGCUACUAGUAGCAAUGAGAGCCUUCCACAAACAGUGACUCCAAUACCACCCCCAUUGCCUAAAGUCAAGAAAGAAAACCAACUGCCAACUCAUGCCUGUAUUGUUCUGAUGAAUCCCCUGUCCAAAGCUGGUGCCUGUACCAACUACUACCACUGGCACUACUGUGCUCAAUACCUCCAAGACUGUUCCAAGUUUGAAGCUGGUGCCUGCACCAACUACCACUACUGCACUCAAUACCUCCAAUACUGUUCUGAGUUUGAAGCUGGCGCCUGUGCCAACUACAACUACUGUGCUUGA